UCUCUCUCUCUCUCUCUCUCUCUCUCUCUCAACACACGAUCGCUAUUGAGUCUCUUGUCGUUCGGAAAUUUCGAACAAGACUCUAAUCGACCGAUUACCUGAUCGAACCACUCCAAUCGCUAAAACUCACCCGGGAAAUCCGCUUUCGCAAUGCAUAUCCGCUCACUCGCCUCUGUGGCCUUCGUGGCCUUCGCCGCCCAGGCUUUCGCGCAACAACAGAUCAAGAUCUUCAAGCGCAGCAUCACCGCCGGAAGAGACUUGGGUCUCAUGCGCCGUGCCGACGACGGUUACCAGCCCGCCGACGAAGUCUGCAACAAGGGUGGUGACACCUGCGCCGAAGCCUGCGGAACCGGCUAUGAGCAGUGCAAGUCCACCGAUUCGGCUGUCCACUGCUUCAACCCGGCCGCCGGCGAGACUUGCUGCUCAACCACCACCGGAAACUCCUGCUUGUCAUCUUUCUACUGCACCCAUGGCAGCAACACCGACACGACCUGCUGCCCUAACGGCAUGAACCUCGCCGACUGCGCCGCAAAGCACGGCGUUAGCGGCCUCACCUCCGAUCCCCCCGUCGUCGCGAGCACUUCUGUUCCUCCCACCACCAGCAAGAGCAGCACCGUCCCCCCGACCACCAGCUCAACGCCGGCACCGCCCACCACCACCUCGUCGUCGGUCGUCGUCGCUACCACCUCCAGCACUCCCGCCCCGUCUUCCACCCUCGCCCCCACCACGUCCGAGGUCCCCACCACGUCCGAGGUCCCCACCACGUCCGAGGUCCCCAGCACUACCGAGGUGACCACCGAGAUCUCAACCACUUUUGCUCCUAGCGCCGGCACCAGCACAGCCUUCGCCUCAAGCAACGGCACCACCCUGGCCACGACAUCAACUCGCUCCAGCGCGAGGAAUACCGUCUUCCCUUCGUCGGCGACCACCUCAGCGUCUGCCCCCGAUCAAAACGCUGGAAGCAGCAACGGGCCCGCCGGCAUGGCCGUCCUCCUCGGCGCUGCCUUUGUCGCUGCGCUGCUCUAAUUAUGUACGACUGGCUCAUUUGGAAGCACUGGCCUGGUGUUGACUCUAAUCUGUUGCUCACGCACUUCAUCUGUCGACACCAAGCAAGUGUGCCAUGUGUCACGAGUUUCAUGAAAACGAAGCAGCGGGCGGCGUUGGGAUGUUAAUGUUGGCCGGAAUUUUGCUGAUGCUUAUGAUUCCCCUGAUCACUUGAAAUGUACGGAGCGGCUUG